AUGCUCCGAUUUGCUUCCCGCCCCAUCGUCCUUCAUCUACGCUCCUUCGCCACCACCUCCGUCGCCAUGGGCAAGAACAAUAAGAAGAAGAGCUCCCGUCCUCAUCAUGAUCUGAUGACCUCCGAUUUCCCUCAGCACGCGUCGACUUCCCAGUCUACGAUAAUCGAUACCCAUACGCAUCUUCUCUCCACGUUUGCGCUGUACCGUUCCAAGUACCCUGAAGGGCAGUAUGAGACAGCAUUUGACUUUGUCAAAGGCGUGUACGCGGGUAAGGGGGUGGAGACGAUAGUCGAUGUGUGGUGCGAGCCGGAAGUGUUCAUGCGAGGGACAUGGAAGGAGCUGGCAGAUGGGAAAUGGGAGAGCAUCAAGUAUCGAUUCGUUAUCGGCGUUCACCCACACGAAGCAAAAUCCUUCACCCCUGCUGUGGAGUCCGAGAUUCUCACUGCACUAUCGCAUCCGUCCUGUGUUGGCCUUGGUGAGAUCGGGCUGGAUUACCACUACACGCUCUCGCCGCCAGACGUCCAGCAACGGGUGUUUGCCCAUCAGUUACGGAUAGCCGUGGAUCGCGGUAUUCCUAUCACGGUGCAUACACGGGAAGCAGAAGAAGACACAGAGAGAAUCAUGAAGGACAUUGUACCAAAGGACCACCGGGUCCACAUCCACUGCUUCACCGACACCGCCGCCUUUGGCCUCCGCCUCCUCGACCACUUUCCGAACCUCCAUAUCGGCGUGACAGGCGUCGUCUGCUACGCAUCGAACGUCAACACAGUCGAGCUCCUCAAGCAAAUGGCGGCCACUGGUAACAAGCGGAUCCUGCUGGAGACCGACGCGCCGUAUAUGGUCCCGGCGAACGUGUACAGCGCACUGGAGCCCAAGCAGUCGAGAUUGCCGUUCUCCCACUCGCUGAUGAUUCCCUGGACGGCAGAGUUUGUGGCAGACGUUAUGGGCGAGGGGUGGGAUACGGAGCAGGUGUUGGAUGUGGCGAGGGAGGGUGCUAGGAGGGUUUAUGGUGUCUGA